UUGCACCUACACAUCCUCCCUCUGCUCUCUCCAGCCCCUACUCCCCUCAAAACUCCUUACAAUCAAAAGGAGAGGAAGCAAAAGGUUUCUUUCUUAGUCUAAAGGUACUAGCAUAGUACUGUUGGCUAAGGUUGGAGAGAGGACUAGGAGUCUUAAAUCCCAAAAGAAAGCAGAACCAAAGGGAGUUUUGAAGCUUUCCUGCAGGGAAAAUGAUCAAGACCAUCCCGAGCCACCUGGAAGAAGAGCGCUCCUCUCUCAUGAGCUUUGGCCUGUACUCCCAAAAGAUUGAAGGGGAGACAAGGACACGGCGGAGGAGGAGGAAGACAAAGGUGGAUGGUGCAGGGGGAGAGGCAAAGAAGAGAAGGCUCAGUGAUCAGCAAGUCAAAUUCUUGGAGAUGAGCUUUGGGAAGGAGAGAAAAUUGGAGUCAGGGAGGAAGGUGCACCUCGCCGGUGAGCUUGGACUCGACCCGAAACAGGUUGCGGUGUGGUUUCAGAAUCGAAGGGCGAGGUACAAGAACAAGCACCUGGAGGAGGAGUAUCUCAAGCUCAAAUCGGCCCAUGACGCCGUCGUCGUCGAGAAGUGCCACCUUGAGAAUGAGGUUCUGAAACUAAAGGAGAAGCUUACAGAGGCUGAAGUGUCCAUAAGGAAGCUUUCUGAAGCAGUUAAUGGAGCUUCUGGUGGCAGUGGUGGCGACGGUGGUGGCAGUCCGACCUCGUCCUUCUCGACGGUUACUUAUCAUCCUCUAGUUGGAGAAUUUGGGGUGAAUGGAGAAGCCGACCUCAUCUACAUACCAGAAUAUAAUUUUAAUAACUACAUGAUGGAAUGGGAUGAUCUCUAUGGAAUGUAAAAAGCCAUUAUCGGUAGUGUCGUAAUUUAUGUGAUUAAUCCAUGUAAAAUUAUGUCAUUUUCGCUAGUUGAAGUAUUUUGAGUAGUAGAAUCCAUCUCUAGACAUUAACUUGUAAUUACUAGCACUAGCUUCUAAUUUGUUUUAACUGUUUGCUCUUAAUGUAAUUCUAGUUGCAGUAACUUCAAAAGUUUCAAGAGAAUAAAUGUAUAUAGUUGUAUA